AUGUCGUCCAUGCCGAGGAGCAUGGCCCUGCUGGGCGUGGGCGCGGCCCUGACCAUGGCCUGCACGGCCUUCGUGGCCCCAACCAGCGGGCAGAACCGGCUGCGGGUGCGCGCCCAGCCGCAGGCGGACUUCGGAGCCUCCGCACCAUCCACGGGCGCCACGGGGCUUUGGACGGCCUGCUCCAUGGGCGGUGUGCUGUUGGCUGUUGGCGCGGCCGUCACAAGGCGGGCCGAGAGCAAGGAGGUCGUGGCAGAGGCCAUCCCCCGGCCCGAGGACCUGCUGGACUCGCCCAAGUUCCCCAUGUUCGAGGGCGGCACGGGCGGCUACAUGUCCCGCUCUACGCGCGAGAGGCACGCCAUCACCUGGACGGCCAAGGGCCAGUUCAAGUUCGAGAUGCCCACCGGUGGCUUCGGCAUCAUGAACAAGGGCGAGAACCUGUGCUACUUCAGGAAGAAGGAGCAGUGCAUCGCGCUUGGCAAGCAGCUGCGCAAGAUGAAGAUCGAGAACUACAAGAUCUACCGCCUGAAGAAGGACGGCACCGUGAUCUUCAUGCACCCGGCUGAUGGCGUCUUCCCCGAGAAGGUGAACAAGGGACGUGUGCAGGUGAACGGCCGCCCCUUCACCAUCGGUGGCAACCCUCAGCAGGCCGACCUGAAGUUCACCAAGUACCAGGGCAAGUCCUACGAGGCGGACCCCCUGACCACCAUGUUCGUCAAGGCCCGCGUCAUGGCCUUCGCGGACGUGCCCAACCUGUUCGCGCUGCCCCAGCCCAACAUGGACGAGCUCGUGCCCGCCGAGGAGGUGGACAAGUACACCAAGCAGGAGUACACCACCAGGAUGAUGGAGGCUGGAACGAAUGCUUUCAGCUUUGGUUACGAUUCGGGCUUCAAUGUGCGUGCCGCCUCCAAAGACUCUCACGUCGUUCACCUGUUCCUUGGAGCUGCCCUGAAGCGCGUCCAGGACGACCGCGCAGCCAAAGCGGCCAAGAGCCUUUGA